AUGGACGGCGAUCCUGCUGUUGAGCCUCAGCUUGACAGCUUCAGUCUGACAUUUCCUCUGCCAUAUCGCGUUGGCUUUAUAGUCACUCUAGCUGUAUGGGGAUGGGGCCUCAACCUCCACUGGCUGCAAGCCUUUCGAAUCGACGUUCCCUCCUUGAUCCGAUAUCCUGGACGAAACUCGCCGCAACAUAUAACACACCAUUUAUCGACAUACCGACUCGCAAUAGUUCUAUCGGCUCUCUUCUCGCUGUCCAUCACGAUAUUCUGGCUCUGCACUUGGCGCGUGCCGUCCAGGGUCAUUGCUUACGACUGGAUGCCAAUGACAUAUCUGGUGGCGAUAAUCGCACUCUUCUUCGUCCCUCUGCGUAACCUACCUACCGGCGGACGAAAGCGCUUCCUGGCGACGCUGCGGCGGGUGAGCAUUGGCGGUAUUGCAGAGGCCAAAGACGGCAAAUUUGGAGACAUUCUGCUGGCGGAUGUCUUGACGUCGUAUGCCAAAGUGUUUGGCGAUGUGUUUGUGAUGCUGUGCAUGUUUUUCAGCGCGGGAGGCUCCUCGACGGACCAUCCCAACAGGAGCUGUGGGGGUACACUCAUUAUUCCCAUGCUCAUGGCUGUGCCCAGCAUCAUCCGUUUCAGGCAGUGCGUCAUUGAGUACCUGAGAGUUCGACGGGCCCCGUACAAGGAAUCCACCGGCUGGGGUGGGCAGCACCUGGCCAACGCUCUCAAGUAUUCUACCGCAUGUCCCGUCCUCAUCACCAGUGCCAUGCAAAGGGGGGUUGGGCCGGAUAUUGACACGGCUUCCUUGCACCGAGCCUGGCUGGUGGCAGUCUUGGUCAACUCGCUCUACUCCUUCUACUGGGAUGUUGCCAAAGAUUGGGAUCUGACACUCUUUUCAUCCAGAGAGCGGGUAUCAAAUCACCAUCCAUGGGGGCUACGCGAUCGGCUUGUCUUCCGCUCAGCUGGCCUAUACUAUACUGUCAUCGGCCUUGAUCUGAUGCUACGCUGCUCGUGGUCGAUGAAGUUGAGUCCACAUCUCGACAAAUUCAGCGAUUAUGAGAGUGGCAUCUUCUUGAUUGAGCUGCUGGAGGUGUUUCGGCGAUGGAUGUGGAUAUUCUUCCGUGUCGAGACGGAGUGGAUUAGGAAUUCCUCCACCGGGCUCGGCGUUGACGAUAUUUUGCUGGGUGACUACCAGGGAAAGGACGACGAUGACGACUAG